CCCCCGCACCCACCCGCGCACGACGCAGACGCCGCGCGCGUCACGAGGCCCAAAAAUCGCACCAAAAGCUACGGGAAAACACAACACCACCACCACCACCGCCCCCCCACGUCUCCGUUUCUCCGCCGCCGCGGCGAUCACAAGGAGAUCUCCCCUCUCUCUCUCUCUCUCUCUCUCUCUCUCUCUCUCUCCUCGCGCUCGCUUUUAAAUGCCACCGAGGCCCACGGUGUGGGCUGGUCCACCGCACGCCGCGCCCGCGCAAGACGCCGACGAUGCCGGCGGCGAAGAGGUCGGCGUCGGCGGGGUCGGUGCUGGCCCUCACGGUGGCCGGACGCCGCGCCGCGCGGGCCCGCCUCUGCCUCCGCCUGGCCGCGCCGCUCUCGUUCCUGCUCCUCCUCGCCGCGCUGCUCCGCACCCAGCCCCUCCCGGCGCCGCCUUCCGCGCCGCCGCCCUCCGGGGGCCCCGCUAGGGUCGCCUUCCUCUUCCUCGUCCGCGCGGGCGUCCCCCUCGACUUCCUCUGGGACGCCUUCUUCCGCAACGGCGAGGAGGGCAAGUUCUCGGUGUACGUCCACUCGGCGCCUGGCUUCCAGCUUGACCGCACCACCACGGGAUCGUCGUACUUCUACGGGCGGCAGCUCGCCAGGAGCGUAAAGGUGGCGUGGGGCGAACCUACCAUGGUGGAGGCAGAGAGGAUGUUGUUCGCCGCCGCCCUCGAGGAUCCAGCGAACCAGCGCUUUGUUUUGCUCUCUGAUAGCUGUGUUCCUCUGUACAAUUUCAGCUACAUAUAUACUUACUUGAUGGCUUCGACUAAAAGUUUUGUAGACAGUUUUGUUGACAAGACCGAGAAGCGUUACAAUCCAAGCAUGUCUCCUGUUAUCCUAAAGGACAAAUGGAGGAAAGGAUCACAGUGGGUAGCAUUGACCAGAAGACAUGCAGAAGUAGUCGUUGGCGACAAACUUGUCUUGCAAGUAUUCAGAAGGCAUUGCAAGAUGGUAGUAACUAAGGCUUUGCUUGGACAGAAGCCUAAUUAUCGAAGAUUAGGAUUUGGACUUCGUCGAAAGCAGAUAUCGAAAGGAUCUACUCGAAUGGAGCAUGAUUGCAUUCCAGAUGAACACUAUGUGCAGACAUUAUUUUCAAUCAAUGGACAUGAAAAUGAACUGGAAAGAAGAACUUUGACAUAUACAUCAUGGAACCAGUCCUCAGAUCCUAAAGACAAAAUGACUUGGCAUCCAAUGACAUUUGAGUAUGAGUCAGCAAGUCCUGAGCAAAUCAAUUCAAUUAAGGGUAUUGAUCAUGUGAAUUAUCAGAUGGAGCACAGAACUGAGUGGUGCCAAUGCAAUACUACAUCCGUUCCAUGUUUCCUAUUUGCCAGGAAGUUCUCCUACAGUGCAGCCAUGCAUCUAUUAGAGGCUGGGACGGUCGGUCCACUAAAAUCUGCUCUACUGGCUUAACUAUUACUACAAAAUUUUGAUCACACGAGUUCUCAUUUUUAGUUUAUCAUGGCCGGCCAUAGUUUAUAGUCCAUCAGCAUCAUUAGGUUCAGUAGCAUCUGCAGCUGAAUCUGCGGAGCGACCGGAGUACCAUAGUGUAUUAUUAUUGAUAGUGUUCAGAUUUGUGCAUAGACCACUGGGACAGAAGAGGUUUGAUGUACAGAGCAUCAGUUUUGGAGCUUGUCAGCUCGGCUACAUUGCAAUAUCCAACGACAGAAUGAGGCAGGAUCAGAUCAGGUAUCUUGUGACGAAGAAUGAAGAAUGCUCAACCCUUCUCCCGAUGGUAUUUACUAAUUACAGGAUAGGAAAGCUGUAACAAUAUCUUGAUAAAUGAUCAUAUACACAUUAACAAAUUUAAUAAAGUACAAAGAAAAUAUUUUUUGUUAU